UGGAAUGCCUCUGUCAGAUAAUGAGAACAGUGGGGCCGAGACUCGACCAUGAGAAAGCCAAGUCUUUAAUGAAUCAGUACUUUGGCCGUAUGCGAUCCUUAAUGAACAACAAGGAGUUGCCUGCUAGGAUCCGCUUCCUACUGCAAGACACAGUGGAACUGCGAGAAAACAACUGGGUCCCCCGCAAGGCCUUCAUCGACAACGGACCAAAGACGAUUAACCAAAUCCGUCAGGAUGCAGUGAAGGAUUUGGGUGUUUUCAUCCCAGCACCGAUGUCUCAGGGGUUGAGGAUGGACUUCUUCCUGGAGAGCCCCUUCAUGCCCAACAGAAUGAAGCUGGACAGGGAGACUCUCGGGGGAUUGGCUGACAUGUUUGGACAGAUGCCAGGCAGUGGGAUUGGAACCGGCCCAGGCGUUAUUCAGGACAGGUACUCGCCCACUAUGGGACGCCAUCGCACCAACCCGCUCUUCAACGGCCACAGCGGCCACAUUGCGCCUAUCCCGCAGUCACAGUUUGACAUUGGGCCCAAGUCCUUUGUCAAGUCCAACCAGGUUCAGAACCAGCAUUUCCUAAACCAGAACCAGAACCACAUGAGUCAGUCGCAGGUGCAGUCUAAGGACAUGCCUCCACGUUUCAGUAAGAAAGGACAGCUCAAUGCAGACGAGAUCAGCCUGAGGCCUGCUCAGUCAUUCCUUCUCAACAAGAACCAGGUGCCCAAGCUGCAGCCUCAGAUUCCAACAAUGAUGCCUCCCAGUACCCAGCCCCCACGCACUCAAACCCCUCCUCUCGGACAGCCUCCACAGCUUGGCCUGAAGACCAACCCUCCUCCCAUCCAGGAGAAGCCUCAGAAAACAAGCAAGAAGCCGCCUCCUGCCAGGGAGGAGCUUCUGAAAACUCUGGAGGCACUUCUGACUGACUACUUGAACACUAAGAACCUGAGCGAGGCUGUGAAUGGCGUGCGGGAGAUGAAGGCUCCAAAGCAUUUCUUGCCAGAGAUGCUCAGUAAGAUGAUCAUGUGUUUGCUGGACCAGCCCGAUGAGGACAAGGAGCACAUCAGCACUCUGAUUCACACCCUCCGCAGUGAGGGUCUCAUCACCGGAGAGAGCUUCAUGCAGGCUUUCCUCAGCGUCCUGGACCAGUGCCCUAAGAUAGAGGUGGACGUGCCCCUGGUGAAGUCCUACCUGGCUCAGUUUGCGGCCCGGGCCAUCAUUGCAGAGCUGGUGAGCGUGGCAGAGCUGGCUCACCCCCUGGAGAACGGCACCCACUUCCCCCUCUUCCUCCUCUGCCUGCAGCAGACGGCCAAGCUGAAGGACCGCGAGUGGCUCACAGAGCUGUUCCAGCAAAGCAAGGUCAACAUGCAGAAGAUGCUUCCAGAAAUCGAUCAGAACAAGGACCGCAUGCUUGAGAUUCUGGAAGGGAAGGGGCUGAGCUUCCUCUUCCCACUGCUAAAGCUGGAGAAGGAGCUGCUGAAGCAGAUUAAAGCAGACCCCUCUCCACAGUCCAUUUACAAGUGGAUUAAAGACAAUAUCUCACCCAGGCUUCACACUGACAAAGGCUUCGUCAACAUCCUUAUGACAAGUUUCCUGCAGUACAUCUCCCAGGAGCUGGGCAUGGCGGAGAGUGACGAUCAGCUGGCGGCUCCCUCCAAAGAGCUGCUGGAGCAGGAGAAGCAGCUGCUGCUGGCCUUCAAACCCGUCAUGCAGAAGUUCCUGCACGACCACACCGAGCUGCAGGUCAGCGCCCUCUACGCUCUGCAGGUGCACUGCAACGCCAGCUGCUUCCCCAAAGGCAUGCUGCUGCGCUACUUUGUUAAUUUCUAUGACAUGGAGAUCAUUGAAGAAGAAGCCUUCCUUGCAUGGAAAGAAGACAUUACCCAAGAGUUUCCUGGAAAAGGCAAAGCUUUAUUCCAGGUAAACCAGUGGCUCACCUGGCUGGAGACGGCAGAGGAGGAGGAGUCUGAGGACGAAGCUGACUGAGAAACCCAAGUAGAAGCAUCAGCCUUUUGUUCUUAACUCGCCUUUCCUUUCCUUCAACACCACGCUUAAUGUAACCACUACCACGUGGCACUUGGCUGCUUUUCUCUCACAAAUCUAAACCGAAAGCUUACUUUGUAGGGCCUCGUGUGCGUCCAGCUGCACUGUAAGGUCGAUCAUCUACAUGAAUUAUAGACCUCUAAAGUGGCUCAACAGUCUUUUCUUUUAUUUUGAUCAUUAAGGGUGUUCCUUUUCCGUUUUGCAUGUUUUUUUUUUUUUUUUCAAAUUAGAAUUUUCUCUUUGACAAAAUGGCUUUAUUUAAAAAUCAGAUUUCCUCUUGAAUGAAUAAAUAUCCUAAGUGAUUGUUAAAUGAUAUAUCAGGACCUUUAACUUUGAAUCUGUAAUGAACAAAAAGAAGCCUACUGAAAGGAGAAUGAAGCAUAACCAUGUUCAUUUAUAAAACAUCCCCUGCACAGCGGAGGAGUUUUAAAUAAAAUCAUCUUCUUGGUUGCGCCUGUGAACGUUGCCACUCGUCAGGCAUCACAUCCUGUGUGUCUGUUAUUCUCCAAACUUUAGAACAUUUUCAAAUCAAGUGUAAUCAACGGUGUGCCGCUGUAACAUCUUAUAAUCGCCUGCUUCUACCUCUUAGAUGGGCUUUUUGGUUUUGUGCUGGGAUGGGAACAAUGAAAGCAAAUGGUUAAAUAUUUGAUUUAGUCCUGUCCUGAUUGCACAUUUAACUAAUGUUCACAAAAGCUUCACCUGGUUUACAAGUAUUAAUAUUUGAGUGAGAGGUUAUGAAUUUGGCAGCUUGUAGAAAUGUACCCACUCAGUUUGCAGCGGCACUAACAUGAGCGGCCUUUUUAUUCGGAGGCUCUAGGUCUAAAAUGAGAAAUGGUCAGAAAAUUACAACUUGUGAUUUCCUUAUGUAACAACUAAACAACUGAAGAUCUGUUAUUAAACAAACCAUGUGGAAGUCAGGUGAUGAAUUUCUAUCAUUGUAAGGUAUUAAUAAUUAUUAUUGUGCACCUGUUGCUUUAAUGUCAGUAAAGUCCAAUACAUGAGCACCAA